AGUAAAAUUUGAUUCCCACGAAUUAACUCCGGAAAUCUCUCUCACCCUCUCUCUCUCUCUCUCUCUCCCUAUCUCUCUGGGGAACGGGAGACGACACAGGGAAGAAUGGAGGAGGCCUUGCUGCAGGAGAAGGAGAGACCAGAAGAAAGAGACGGUCGCUAUGACGAUCCCGAGGAGGAGGAGGAGGAGAAGAAGAACGGUGAAGGAGGAGGCGGCAGAAGCUGGUCAGCUUCAUGCUGUGCAUGGCCACGGAGGAGAGCGUUUUGCGAGGAAGUGAAGAGGGUGGGCCAGGUGGCCGGGCCUUUGGUCGUGGUCUCGCUGUUGCAGUUCUUGCUGCAGGUGAUCUCGGUCAUGAUGGUCGGCCACCUCGGCGAGCUCUCCCUCUCCAGCACCUCCAUCGCCGUCUCUCUCGCCGGCGUCUCCGGUUUCAGCCUCCUCCUAGGAAUGGCUAGUGCUCUGGAGACACUGUGUGGACAAGCAUAUGGAGCUCAACAGUAUCACAAACUAGGGACUCAGACAUAUACUGCAAUUUUCUCCCUAAUUCUGGUCUGCUUCCCUAUAUCUGUCCUAUGGAUAUACAUGGGAAAGGUGCUCGCAUUCAUUGGCCAAGACCGUCUGAUUUCUCUCGAAGCUGGCAAGUUUACGGCUUGGCUUGUCCCUGCACUCUUUGCCUAUGCAACUCUUCAGCCACUCAUCCGCUACUUCCAGACGCAGAGCCUCAUCAUGCCGAUGCUCGUGAGUUCUUGUGCCACCCUCUGCAUCCAUGUGCCACUUUGCUGGGUUCUCGUGUUCAGGUCAGGGCUGGACAACCUCGGUGCUGCGCUGGCCAUCAGUGUUUCCUAUUGGUUGAAUGUGGUUUUCUUGGGGGUGUACAUGAAAUACUCUCCUUCCUGCACAAAAACCCGUGUGCCAGUUUCCAUGGAGCUGUUUCGAGGGAUCGGCGAGUUCUUUCGCUACGCUGUGCCCUCUGCAGUGAUGGUCUGUCUUGAAUGGUGGUCUUUUGAGCUGUUGGUCUUGCUUUCUGGGAUAUUGCCAAAUCCGCAGCUUGAAACUUCGGUUCUGUCUGUGUGGUACAUUCUAUACUUUGUCGAUUACCAUCUUCAGAAUGUGAAUCUUUCCAUCUUAAAUUGCACAAAAUUUUCCAUUCAGGAAUGGAAGGACUUUCCUAUCUACCUUCUGUGUAAUGUUGAGAAUUUAAAUGUGCUAAUUAGUUCUUUUUGGUUCCUGAUCAGUCUCAAUACCAUAGCAACACUCUACAUGAUACCAUAUGGACUUGGCGCUGCAGGAAGCACAAGAGUUUCAAAUGAAUUAGGAGCUGGAAACCCGGAAGCUGCCCGUCUUUCUGUUUAUGCCACGUUAUUUCUCACCAUUACCGAGACAAUUAUUGUGAGCACAAUCUUGUUCAUUAGCCGCCGAGUUUUUGGCUACACAUUCAGCAAUGAAGAGGAAGUUGUGGACUACGUUACGAAGAUGGCACCUCUGGUUUGCUUGUCCGUCAUCUUGGACAGCUUACUAGGAGUGCUCACUGGUAUUGCUAGGGGAUGUGGGUGGCAGCACAUAGGAGCAUUUGUCAAUCUAGGGUCGUUUUAUCUUUGCGGGAUUCCAGUGGCCGUCUUUCUAGGAUUCUGGGUGAAAUUAGGAGGAAUGGGCCUUUGGAUGGGGAUUCAAACUGGGUCUCUCGUGCAAGCAGUUCUACUAUUCAUAGUGACAAGCUGUACAGAUUGGGAAGUGCAGGCAAGUAAAGCCAGGGAGAGGGUAUUUGAGGGAAGACAUUCAGAGGACCAUGUGCUGAUGUGAACCUUAAGUGGUACUCCUAGAGCUGACUCUCAUAGCGCUGCUUCUACACAAAUUCAAUUUCUUCUCAAGUCUUCAACUUCAAGUGCCAAUCAUUGUUAGUCUAGGAAGCUUGUUGGUGAAAAUUCCAAUAGUACUGUGUCAGUAUUAGUCUUCUUUUCCAAUUAACUACGUUGAGAUCUACUUGUUCUACGAAUAGAUUGCAAUUACACAUAUGAAUGACUGUCGUCUCAUCUUAACACCAUCUGUGGAAGCCUUUUCUUCCAUUGAAAGAGGAAAGAAAUGAAAAGUCAUAUUUCUUGGAGACAAAGUAAUUUGUUGGCACGUAGAGCUUAGAGAUGCGAAGGAAAACCUAGACUGUGUUGGUAUAAGCAGAACGAGGCAUAGGUCAAAGGUUGCAAAGACUGAUCUCGGACUGCUGGUGUUGUACUGGUCUUAUUGAUCUCUCUCUCUCUUUGCUCCUGUGGGCACCACAGCGGGAGGCCGGCUGCUCCUGUGGGCGCCGCAGCUGGAAGUGGGAUUCUUCACUGCGUUUCCAAAUUAUUGGUUAUUGACAUCGAGGAGGGGCCCAGUUCACUUGCGGGGUGAAAUCCAACUAUCAUGAAUUUAUAAAGUUAUGUACAUAGGAGAUAUCAACAUGGAUGUUACUUUCCACUUAAUAUUUGGCUGAUUCUUUCUUUAUCGUCCUAGACAAAGAGAAAAGACAAGUUGCAAGUUGCAAGUUGUUGUAGCUUCCAACAUGAGCUAAUGUCCCUUCUAUGGUUCCGGACACAUCAGAGAUUGCCCUUUAUAGACAAUUAGAUUUGUGUUUUGUCC